ACGGUGAGUGUGAGUAGUAGCAGCAAGUUAAGACUGGGAAUGCUAUAGUAGUACGUAUACUUGAGCAUAGUGCAAAUAACAUUGCUGGUCGUGCCAUAUUUGAUUCACCUAUUCAUAUCCCCUCUCUCUCUCUCCAGACUCUCUCUCCCCCUUUUCAUAUAUACACAUAAAUGUACAUGCAUAUGCAUCUGUAUGAAAAAUUAGCUAUUUUUUAACAAUGAGAAACAAGAAGAGUGUUGAAUGCUUGCAGAUUAAAAGUUCACUGAAAAUGGAAAGUGACAACUCAAAAGGAAUAAGACCUGGCGCUAUGGAUAUGUACAGUCUGGUAAAGUUUGGGUUAACUUCCUUGAGAAAAGAAGAAUCAAAUGAUAUAUUUGUCAUUGGAGACCUUGUUUGGGGAAAGGUAAUGUCUCAUCCCUGGUGGCCAGGACAAAUAUACGACGAGAGUCUAAUACCUUCUCCAGUAUGCGAUGCCAAGAGAGAUGGUUCAGUUCUCGUUGCCUUUUAUGGUGAUUAUAGUUACGCAUGGCUUGAUCAUAAUCAAAUUAUCCCUUUUGAACCUCAUUUUGAGGAGAAGUCAAACAAUUCAAAAAUUCAAACUUUCUUUGUGGCUGUUGAAGAAGCUAUUGAUGAGCUGAAAAAGAGAGCCGUACUUGGCUUGACUUGCUCUUGCCUGGGUAAUUUUCAGCCUACAAGAAAUGAAGGACUUUAUAAAGUUGAUUUGAGCGGGUAUACACCUGGGACCAUUUAUUCAUCAAAGCAAAUUAAAAAAUGUAGAGAUGGUUUUCAUCCACAUGGGAUGUUUUCAUUUGUAAAGAAGUUGGCCAUGUCUCCAAGAUCUUUGCCAAAUAAUGUUCAUGGGAUAAUUAACAUUGCAAAGGUUACUUCUUACAGAAAAGCGAUUUUUGAAGAGAAUGAUUACACUUAUGAUCAGGCAUUUGAUGAAUUUGAAAAAGGUGUUGACACCUAUGUUCAAACAUUUGGAGUGAAAGCCUCAAGCUCAGUGGAUCCUGUAGAAUUUUCGAAAAAAGAGGGGAAUCAAUGUACAGAUGGGGACAAAUCGUUUGAAUAUCAAGGGGAUUGCUCCAAGAAGUCAUGUAAAAGAGAAACUAAAAGGAAGAGGAGGGAAGAGUCUCCACCAGAUGACCAGGAUCGUAAAGGCAAGUUCCAAACGGAUGCACUCUUUGACCAUCUAGUAGCAAAAUCAGGUGAAGAAACUGAGAAACAUAACGAGCUUAAUGACUAUGGAGCAGAACUAGGAAAUGUUACUGAUGCAUUCAAGCAUUUAAAGCAAUCCCCAUUAACUUUUUACAAAGAGAGUCAUUGUCCAGAUGAACAUGAGAAGACUAACAAAAAGCUGACACUCUUGAAUUGCCAAGACGAAGAAGAGUUGAGGGGCUUCAAGUCCUUGCAUAUCCAAUCAACAUUGUCAGUGGAGUCUGAAAAGAAGUUCACUGAGGAGCUUGAAUGGAAAGCUGAACCAACAAUGCUGGUAAUAAAGUUCUCUCCUCAAACUAUGCUUCCAACUGCUUCAGAAUUAAAAGCCAAGUUUGGAUUUUUUGGGCCAUUCGAUGAAUCAGCACUCCGUAUUUCGUGGGGUUCAGCAACAUGUCAGAUUGUAUUUUUGAACAAGUGUAAUGCUCAGGCUGCAUAUGACUAUGCAGUCCAAAGUAGAACCUUGUUCAACUCUGAUGUGAACUACCACUUAGUAGACUUUGAUGGUUCAGAAAAGUUAAUGGGAGAAUGUUUUGAUGACAUUCAAUCGUUUAAAAGUGAACCACCUCAUAUGUCAUUCCAAGAGUUGCCUUUGCAGUUCGAUACUGAGAUGAAGCCAUUACCCAAGGAAACUCCAAAGUGGAGGUCUGAUGUAGAAGAAAAGGCAUUUCUCAAAGGUAUCAAAGAUACUAAAUCCAGAGUUUGUGACUAUCCAGAGGUUGAUGUAAAAGUCAAUAUUGAUUCUGAAAGCUGUCCACUGGUCCUUUCUGAUAUCUUGUGUCCUUCAAGUCCUGUUUCUUCUAGCAUUCAGUAUAAACACAAAGUUGGUUGUCUGGAUGAGACUGUUGUGUCUAUUAAUUCGAAAUAUUCCAUAGAUGAGGGAUGGAAGAGUCAUUAUCAACAAAAUCUCAGUGCCAUUAGCACUUCAGAUUUGUCACUUCAACUGGCUGACCUUUUCCAAAAGUGCAAUGAAAUUUUGGGUGGAAUUGAUGAGUCACAGAACCAGUUCAGCAACCAGAGUGAACUUAAAUGAAUGAUAAGAUAUAUUGUAUGUAUGCUGAUGGGAAGGAUGAAUGCGGAGAAGAAGAAAAGAAAACUUAUUAUAUAAAGCAUUAUAUAUACUAUGUUUAUGGCUAGUUCUUAUUUACCUUUAUCUGUAAGUGAUUUUCCCCAGACGUUAUUAUAUAAAGCAUUAUAUAUACUAUGUUUAUGGCUAGUUUUUUUACCUUAA